UGUUCAAGAUUACAACUCCAACUCCAUGUGCAGCUACUCCCAGAAUCAAACCACCACGGGCAACAGUCCAUCUCACCAACACAUACACGCUCAAUUGGACUACUAUAAUGCGUCCAACAUUCCGUGCGCUUGCGCGCUACCUUGAAGCCGGAACUCCCACUGGUCUGACCGGUCUAUGGACGCACGCCACCCCCCGAUCGACACUUUUGUACCUCUACGGAAGCACUCUCAACAAAUUGAAGGCCUUGCCCGAAACCUCGAUGUACCGCCAGUCCGUCGAAGCUGUCACAAAGCACCGUUUGAGCAUUGUUGAACAAAUUGUUCCUGUUGGACAUGCCGAGUGGGCUGUUCGCGCUAAAGAGCUCAUUGCUAAGAACCCCAACCAGUUCAAGGUUGCUGGCGACCGAAUCGACGGCAGUGGCUCCAGAAUAGUUACACUAGGCGACCAGGUCUUUGUUAUUGGAACGAGACACGAAGCUGGUGACAUCAGAAGCGAAGAAUGGGAUGGCGAGGUCGAUGAGGGUGGUGAAUUGGAGGGCGCUCGCACGCCCGCUGAGCGAGCCGAUCAAGCUGCCUGGGCUGAGCGCGAGGCACUGCAACAGGGCGACCACUCUGAGUGGGUUGAGGAACCUCAGCUGACUGCUGAACAGGUCCAAGAACUCGAGCAGAAAAUUGGUGCUGGUCUCAUUGAAGAAGUAAUUCAAGUCGCAGAAGGCGAACUGCAGUUGAUUCAAACCAUGGAGAAAGCCAAGGUUUGGGAAGAGUUGGAGGAGAAGCCUGUUGAAGGGCAGUGGACAUACUUUGACCGCACUGCUCACUAAACGCAUUUGUAGCGAUUUGGUGCCGUUUUAAUGUCUUUUUUUCGUAUAUGUAAAAUAGGAAAGGCUAUUCUAGUUGUACAUCAAACACCAAUUAGCAAAAGCCUGCAAAGCAGAAUUGGCCCUCAUAACACUUCUUGUAAUUCAAGCGCGGGACUCCUGUAUCGAUACGUGUAAACCCUUGGGUUGACAAUCGCUAAAAGCGCGUUUAACGACGAGAAUUCAUAGAACUCAUUUCAAAAAAGGUCUACAGAUGUCACGACCUGCUGGAUCGCUCUAUAGUCUGUCGGUCACAACACUCACGACAGUCACGAUAUCGAAAUAGUUGCUACGCGACGUGUUCGCUUGCUAGCUGGCAAAUAAAGAAGUUUCAACAACAAGUGUUUGCCAGCUGGCAAAGAAAAGCCGCCAGCUGGCAGGAUCACAACAACCUUGUACAUAAAUAGAGAAGUGAACUGUGGAAGGAGGAGAGGGAUUUGUCCUUCUUCAAGUUUGUUGUCUCCUUUCUAUCUCAUAUAUAGAACAGUUAACAAUAGCAUUAUGUUUGGCGAACUUUUCUCGUAAUACCUAGACAGCUACGUGACAACAGAGUACCUAAUACCCUGUACACUCUUGGGGCCUAACAACAAUAUCGGUAUCUCGCUAAUUAAUUACAGUAAUUUUAAUACUAUGUCUAUGUAUUUACCUGUUACGCCAAUGAUUUAUAGUGUAAUUUAUUUUCGGC